AUGCCACAGUCGUUCACAUCGAUUGCUAGGAUGGGUGACUACAUAUUAAGGUCACCCACUUUGUCCAAAUUUUGUGUUCCCGUAGCUCACAAGUUCGUUGAAUUAUCAGGUUAUCGGAAACUGGGAUUGAGAUAUAACGACCUAUAUUCUGAGGAAAACCCUAUUGUACAGACUGCCAUUAGACGACUACCUGAAGAUGAAUCGUAUGCAAGAAAUUACAGAAUCAUAAGAGCGCACCAGCAGGAGUUGUCUCAUCAUUUAUUACCAAGAAAUGAGUGGAUAAAAGGGAAGGAAGAUGUUCCUUAUUUGCUUCCUUACCUGUUAGAGGCUGAAAUGGAGGCCAAGGAGAAACAAGACCUCGAUAACCUGGAAGUUCAAAAGUCCACUUAG